UCAACACACAAAGGCGAGAAAGAUUCCAUUCCAUUCCGCCAGCGCAGCGUCGAUUCCUCCCAAAAUCCCCAGGCGCGCGCCCGCCCGCUUGCCAGCCAGAGCGCCCGCUGCCAUGGCCGUGCCGCCGAAGGAGCACCGGCAGCAACACUGCAGCAGGAGCAGGAAGACGACGAUAGCGACGAGUUCACGUUCCCCACGCCGCCGCCGCAGCUCCUCUCCGGUGGCGCGCGCGGCAAGGACGGCCGCCGCGUGGCGGACUUCCACCACCUGCCCUGCUCGGCGUCCGCGUCCUCCUCCCCACCCGUCUGGCUGCUCUCCUCCCCGAUACGCCGCAGCUUCUCGGCCGCCGACUGCGCCGCGUCGCCGUGGCGCGACAGGGUGCUGCUCAGCCGCCAGCGCCGCAACGGCGCGUGCUCCCCCGCGCUCAGCGACUACGCCGCCGCCGGCGGCUUCUGCGACGACGACGAGGAGGAAGAGGAGAGGAUGGACAGCCUCUGGGAGGACCUCAACGACGACGACGCGGCCGCCCGGAAUGACGACCUGUUCCCGGGCUCCCUCGACGUGUUGCGCCGCCGAUCCGUCGCCGGGCCGAACGCCGCCGGGAGGGCGAGGAGGGCGGCCCAGGACCAGCGCGAGGCCGCCGCCGCGGUGCUCGGCGCGUCGAGGAGCUCGCGGCGGCGGCCGCCGGGGCUGGUGGUGAUGAUGCGAGCGCUCAGGAGGAUGUUCGUGGCGCACAAGGGCAAGAGCAGGGUGCACAGGGAUGAGGAGAACGCCACCUCUGCCUCGGCUUCUUCCUGCAGUAACCCCUUCAAAAUGAAGCAAGGGUAAAAUGGUCUAUUUACCUCCCUCCCUGGCUGCAAAAUCGUGUUUUAAGUGGGCGAUGUGCAACCGGCGAAAACCUGUUUUCAGAAUGUCCAACCCACUAAAAUGAAGAGUGGAGUGUGUUCUGCACAAAACACCAUUUUGAGAGUGUUACGUAGACAAA